AUGGGAGACCUCGCAAGUCAGUUCGUCCUUCCUCUCCAAGGCAAGCUAGCAAUAGUAACGGGAUCAUCACAUGGUAUCCGUGCCGACAUUGCAUGGGAGCUUGCCCGCCAUGACAACAGCAAAUUAAUCGUCGAGGAGCUUAGGACUAAAGUCACCCAACUUCCUCAAAAACCAAUCACUUGGGCCUGCCAGGCUGGCCUGUCAACUACCACGGACGCCCGGGAGAUUAUUUCGCAGCUCAAGACUUGCUUUGGCAGCGAUGAACUCCAAAUCCACAUUUUGGUGAACAACAAUGCCGCCAUUGAGGUGGUCAGCGAUAUACAGAGCAUGACGCUUGGGAAUUACGAAACGGUUUUCAACCUCAACGUGCGUGGUCUCAUGCUCAUCACGCAGGCCAUGGCCGCCGUCGAAGGCUUCACGCGCAGCUGGGCCAGCGAGCUGGGCGGGGAUGGCACAACGGUCAAUGCUGUCGCGCCAGGGCCUACGACGAUGCCUGUUGAGCAGCAACUUGGCACAACGGAGGAGAUUGCCAGCAUUGUUGGGUGGUUGGCAGGACCCGAUGCCUCAUGGGUGUCCGGCCAGGUCAUCUGUGCAAGUGGUGCUUGGUCAAUGUAA